AUGUCUUUAUCUUCAGCUGCAAUUUUAGAAGGAGACCAAGGAACAAAAAGAAAAACCGAAUCUCUAAAAAGUCCCGAUUCACAGGCUGCUUCCGUGCCUCAAGAAACCCCGCUUCAAAAUUUGUGCCUGGCUUCUCAGGCAGUUCUCGAAAGAGCCCAAAAACAAGGGAGAUCAAAGUGUACCAAAUGCAACAGUUCAAGGAUGUUCUACUGUUACACUUGCUACGUUCCAGUUGAGACUGUGCCUACCAGAGAAAUUCCUGUUGUAAAGCUUCCCGUGAAGAUUGACAUCAUUAAACACCCCAACGAAACAGACGGCAAAAGCACAGCGGUCCAUGCCAAGCUCCUGGCACCUGAAGACGUUACUAUUUACACCUAUCCUUGUAUUCCAGAUUAUGAAGAAAUGAAACACGAAAUCGCGCUUAUCUUUCCCGGACCCAAUUCAGUUUCGGUAAACGACAUCCCCCUCUCUUUGCAAAACAAACUGGAAAAGAAAGUGGGUUGCGAAAAGGACGACGGUUCGCCAGCGGAACCAGUUCUCAAGCAUGCAAAAGUGGAGCCAGAUGGCAACUUCAGCGAACUCAACUCUCGCAGCGUGAGCAAAAAUUCAGGGUUGAAGAAAAUCAUAUUUGUUGACAGUACCUGGAAUCAGACGAACAAGAUAAUCACCGAUGAGCGACUCCAAGGGUUGCUCCAAAUCGAGCUGAAAUCGAGGAAAACCUGCUUUUGGCGUCACCAGAGAGGAAAGCCAGAUACAUACCUGUCUACUAUCGAAGCAAUUUAUUACUUUUUAGUAGAUUAUCACCAGGAACUCUUAAAAGAAAAAUACGAAGGACAGUAUGACAAUUUGCUUUUCUUCUAUUCCUUUAUGUACAAACUGAUAAAAAAUGCCAGGAGUUCCGCCGGCAAAGAAUAAA